CAUGCCGUCAAGUGUCAAACGCAUCAACAAGGGAGCUCAAACGCGUGAUUGUUACAGGCAGAACAUUGAGGUGCUCUUCUUACAAAAUUCAGUUUUAUUUCGGAAAUUUACCCUACAAAUUUAACUCAAAAUGUACUUGAUGUACGACGUUAACGAGAAUGGCGAGCGCGUGUACACGCUGAAGAAACAUAACCCCGAAGGCAAGCCAAACCAGUCGGCCCAUCCGGCGCGGUUCUCGCCGGAGGAUAAGUUUUCCCGCCACCGAAUCAUCAUCAAGAAGCGCUUCGGACUGCUGCUGACGCAAAAGCCGGAGCCCGUUUACUAAAUUAGCGUUAGGAUUACAUUUGUUUAAGAUUAAGGAAUAAAGGAUUUAUGGGAUAAUUUGA